AUGGAUAUUCAACAACAGCCUACCAAUCGUGCUAUUCCGGUUAAAAUUCUUUAUACACUCGACAAUGGAUUAACAACAUUCAUUUCGCGAUCGCCAACACCUCAAGACGUCAAAGUUGUUUAUACGCGUGAUCAACACCCUUUAGGAAUAAUUGAUAUAGCUCUAUGUUUACAAUCCAUUUCUGAAUCAUCGCCCGAAAUAAUUUCUAAUUUAAAAUUUUGUGAUUAUGCUGUUUACUCUACUGAUUACUCAGAAGCUGAACUACCUUUAGUAGGUCAUGGGAUGUUUUCAUGGAUAUACCUUAUGACAUCAGAAAAACAGACACAGACUCAACCUUUAUUUUCUUCUGUUAAAGAACAACUAAUGGCUCGAAAUAGAGCUCCAGCUGUAUCUUCUUCAGAUGAAAUAGAAAUUCCUUCUUCUAGACUGGCUGUGGGUCGAAUAUGUACAAACAUUUUGUCGUUGUUUUCAGGAACUGGACGUGAAACCUUAGAGGUAAGACUAAAAUUUGUUCAGGUUGAAAAUUUUACUCAAGAGCAGUACAUAACUUCCAUCAAUCUUUACAGAACACUAGGAAAAAUUCUUCCUAAAAACUUUGAUCAUCCAUCUUGGAUGAAUUUGGUUACUCAACAUAAUUUAUUGGAGAGAUAUUUAUCUUCGGCAAAGUCACUCAUUUCACGAGAUGAUCCAAUAACCAAUCGUCUCCUUAAUAAAUGUCCUAAAAAGCCCAUUAUAUCCAAUUACCAGAAAAAUUCUAUACCAACAAACAAAAAUCUUGGUCCAGAUGAACGUUUGGUUAAGAGACAAAGAUCUGAAUCACCAUCACCACAAGCUAAAAGUACAGGUGAUUCUGACAUGACGUUAAACCUCCUUAACUCAUUGGGCCCUUCUAGUACUUUGUAUUUUAGUGAGCCUGCUACAUCCCCGAUCAUGUCUUCUAAUUAUUUAGAAACAGAUAUCAGUGUUUGCAAUUCAUCUCCAGCCUCUCAAAUGUCAUUUUCAAAACCUACCUAUUCAGCUAUCUCUUCUACAUCGGAGCAAUCACGCUUAGUAGAUGAACCUUAUACCCCUAAUUUAAUUUCACAAUCUCCGUUUAGCGAUUCAACGAGUUCCAAUAACCAAUUGAAUAUAACUGGAAAAUCUUCUACGCAAUCUGCAAAACGAAAAACCCAACGCAGAUUAAAUGUAAAAGAAAUUCCAGAACUAAAGUACUGCGAAAAUUGUGGACAGCUUGAAACAACAGCUUGGCGUCGCAUUGGUAGUACCAUAAACGGUGUUGAAAAAGAGUUUCAUUUAUGCAAUCCUUGUGGAAUUUGGCUUCAAAAUAAGGGGUCAAUGCGUCCAAUGGGCCGAUGGGGCAAAGAAAAAGAGAAUAAUCACCAUGGUGAAACAGAGCCAGCUCAUAACUCUGUUCUUUUGACACCGGCUUCAAGUUCAUCCAUAUCAGCUACUUCGAAUUCUUUAAUCAGUUCAUCAAACCAGAAGCCCAAGAAACCCAUAAAAAAAACUGCUAUUAGAUUGACCUCAAAUUCAGCUACAACAGAGGGGAACGAACCAGCAGAACGAGCAGUAAUCAGUACAAAUAUUGCAGAAAUGUUAGCAGCUAAUUCAGAAAGAAAGAAAAAAUCGAGAAAUACCAUCGAGGCCUUAAAUAAUAGAGAAGGAAGCAACAACUCUAUGAUUGAAGAUUAUAAGGAAUCAAAUAAGGAUUCUGGCAAAGUUUGCACUACCAAAAAAACCAUUAAUGAUUCUUUGGAAGAUUUGGAUUCAAAAACUACUGGUAACGAUGCUCGAUUCAUUAGCAUUGCCCCCAAAAAUAUUAAAAAUAUUGGCAAGGCACCUCCAAAACCUCUUAACCGACGUAUGAAAAAGCCUGACGUUAUUUCUUCAGACGUUUCUUCUAAUACAUCGCCCUCGGAUCCAACCGAUGCACAACCUAAGCGCGCUAAAAGAAAAUAUACAAAGCGAUCAAAUAAUAACAAGGAACCUUCUCAGGUCGAAAAGGAGACAUCAUCACCAAAGGGGGAUGAAUCUUCUGAUUCAAAAUCUAUUGAACAAGAGGAAAGAACCCCAGAGAAUAAAGGGGAUGAGGUAAAAAUAGGAGCUGGCUCUUCAUUACCUCUUGAGCAACUCUCUGAAUAUCCUACAACACCAAAAUGCUAUACUAAUUCUGGUGAAGGAUCUAGAGUUACUACCCCGAUUAAAUUGCUACAAGCAGCAGGACUGACUUCGCCAAAUCUUUCACCUUCAAGCUGGAUCACACAACUAUUUUCUUCACCAGGAAAUAAAAAGUUUAUGCGAAAGACAUCUCCUUUACCAAGUCUUGUGGAAUCGUCUGAAUUGGACAAACGGACUUUGUACUCUGAGUCAGCUCUUGAUCAACCUUUAAAUUUUCACCAAGAUGUUAACUUUGAAGAACUUGCUCGUGAAAUUGGUAUUGGAACAGACUUUCACCACACGCAAAGUAAUAACAAGCUCGACUUAGUGCCUUUUUUUGAAAUUCCUCUUUUACACGAAAAAAACAAUAAUCAGGGUUCUGAGAUUUUAAACAGGGAAAAUGAGAAAAUACACACACAUGAAUGUAUGUCAAACUUAUUGGGAAAAGAAGAUGGAAUUACAUCAAAACCUGGAGAUCUCGACAAGAUUCAACUAAAAGAGCAACAACCUUUAAGAUCUUCCAUUCCAAAUUUAAAUGAGCUGGAUCAAAUUAUUUUAGACGCGCCUCAGCGAAAAGGGAUGACUCUACCAUCUUCCCCACCCCGUCCGGAUUAUAAUAAUAAUGAUGACUGGAGUGAUAAUCUGAGUGAUGGAGAGAACUAA